AAAGCCCAGACGGAAGUGCGGGCGGAGGAGCCGGAGCCGGAGCCGGAGCCCGAGACUGAGCCCCAGCCGGGAGCAGGUCUCGGGGGCGGGCUCCGGGCUGUGGGAACUGCUGGGCCUGGCAGCGAUGGCGACUCUGUGGGGAGGCUUUCUACGGCUUGGCUCCUUGCUCAGCCUUUCCUGCCUGGCGCUCUCAGUGCUGCUGCUGGUGCAGCUGUCAGACGCCGCCAAGAACUUCGAGGAUGUCCGAUGUAAAUGUAUCUGUCCUCCCUAUAAAGAUAAUUCUGGGCAUAUUUAUAAUAAGAACAUAUCCCAAAAAGAUUGCGAUUGCCUUCAUGUUGUGGAUCCCAUGCCCGUGCGCGGGCCUGAUGUAGAAGCAUACUGUCUACGCUGUGAAUGCAAGUACGAGGAAAGAAGCUCUGUUACGAUCAAGGUUACCAUUAUAAUUUAUCUCUCCAUUUUGGGCCUUCUACUUCUGUACAUGGUGUAUCUUACCCUUGUUGAGCCCAUACUGAAGAGACGCCUGUUUGGACACUCACAAUUGAUACAGAGCGAUGAUGAUGUUGGGGAUCACCAGCCUUUUGCAAAUGCCCACGAUGUGCUAGCCCGCUCCCGCAGUCGAGCCAAUGUGCUGAAUAAGGUAGAGUAUGCCCAGCAGCGCUGGAAGCUUCAAGUUCAAGAGCAGCGAAAAUCCGUCUUUGACCGUCAUGUUGUCCUCAGCUAAUUGGAAAUCAUACUGCAGGUGAUUAGAAAGAAAUAAGGCAGACAACUGAAAAAAAAUUGACUGAGUAUUCCUAGGUUUUGUUUUAAUACCCUGUUGAUUUCACCAACUCUUGCUGGGAAAUUCAGCAUUGGAAACAAAAAUGUGCUUGGUAUUUUCUUUUCUUGUUAAGGUAUUAAUACAGACAUUUUUAAAAGCACACACCUCAAAGUCAACCAAUAAACCUUUUUCCUAUUUGUGACUUUUACUAAUAAAAAAUAAGUCUGCCUGUAAAUUAUCUUGAAGUCCUUUACCUGGAACAAACACUGUCUUUUUCACCACACAGUUUUAACUUGGUUUUCAAGAUAAUUUUCAGGUGUUGUUGUUUUGUUUUGUUCUGUUUUGUUUUUCUGGCAGGGGCGGGGAGGGAUGUGUGGGAAGUGGUUAGCUUAACUUUUCUCAAGUCACUUUACUAAACACACUUUUGUAAAUAGACUUAACAUUCUAUUUUCAAGUUUCAUUUAUAUUUUGCAGUGUAGCCAGCCUCAUCAAAGCCCUGAAUUACCCAUUUGAAUUUUGCACUGACUAUAUUAUCUAGGUAUCUGGUUCGCCUGUGGCUGCACUUCAUGGUAAAAUGGAUCUGAAAUACCUGGUGGCUCUUCAUAAAAUGCAGAUUUUCCUCAUGUACUGUGAUGUCCGAUGCAAUGCAUCCUAGGACAAACUAGCAAUUUGCUAGUUUACUCUAAUGACUAAACAUAGUCUGGUGUGUGUGGUCUUUCUCAUCUUCUUCUAGUAUCUUUAAGGAUGAAUCCUAAGAACUUGGACACUUGCAAUAAAGGAAUUUUCUUUUACCCCAAGCCUCUCUGGAUUGGUGACAUACACACCUUUGUCAACAUUUCCGGUCAGGUGGAGAGGCAGCUGUUUGAGCUCUAGUGUGUUCUGGGGUUCUGGGGGCCUCCUUCUGAAAUGUGUAACAGUUAUUGGAUAACUGGCUUUUUUCUUUGGACGUCCUCUUUGGAAUGUAACAAUAAAAAUAAUUUUUGAAACACUUA